AUGUCGUCAGAGUCCCGAAACUGCAGCCCGCAGGCAGAUGAUGCGUCAAUCGUUCUUGUCGGCCUUCGCGGGACUGGAAAAUCCACCCUGGGGGUAAUGGCAGCAAGUGCAUUGGGCUACGCCUUGGUCGAUUCCGACCGAUACUUCUUUCAGCGCACCGGGCUAUCACGAGCAGCCUACAAGAACGCGCAUGGAGCAGAGGAGUAUCGGCGUCAAGAAAUCGAGAUGACACGUUCCAUGCUUCUCGAGAAGCCGUCCAAGGCCAUCAUCAGCGGCCCAGUGUUCCGAUCGAUAUCCAACCUCGAAUUCUUCAACGUGGACCAACGGACUGUCUAUGACGGCAAUAUACCAGAAGAAAUUCCAGCUUCCCUGGUCUUGAAGAAAGUGGAACGCGAUUUCCUACAAUUCCUGUCAAGAGUGGAAAACAGAAUCAUCCGUACUUCGGUUGGACUAGGAUCAUACGGCAUCAGCAGUGGACGACUGGAAUUGGAUGACUUUUGCUACACCUUGAAUCUGCUGAUUUCGGAUACAACUAGAUUGAUGCCGAAGCUGUGCAAAACCGACCUAUCCGUCGAUUCCAUCAGCCUGAUUCUGGAAGCUCCAUCAGAAGUCGGGGAGAAGGCUUUUAGUCGGCUGGCGAGAUCGAUAAGCAAAGAGCUUAAUUUACUCAGAAGGAUGUUCCAACUUCCGGUCACACUAGACAUCCAACUCCCAAUGACACCAUCCAACUGGACUUGGCAAAAUGAAGCUCUCUACUGCGACCUACUACAAUUCGCACUUCGCCUGUGCCCGGAAAUCCUUUGCGUGGACCUGCGCCUCGACGAUGAAAGGAUAACGAAACUCGUACAGUCCAAAGGCUCAUCGAAAAUCAUGGGUCACUACUACGACCCCGACCCAGGACCCAAUGGAUGGUGUGGCCAGUCCCGGCAGAGAAUCCUCCGUCGUGCUGAGGAACUGGGAUGCGACAUCGUCCGCCUGUGCCAGCCGGCCAAGUCAGCGAACGACAACGUCUCAGUGCAGCAGAUCAGGGCGGCACGGGAAGAGCGAGGACGCAGCCGCGUGCCGCUGAUCGCCUACAACACCGGCGAACUCGGCCGCAUGUCGUGUUGCUUCAACCCCAUCCUCACGCCCGUCACGCACCCUGUUCUUCGGACCUACAGCUCCACCGCAUCAUCCUCCGAUCAUCACCUGCUCACUGUCGCCGAGGCUCAAAACGCCCUCUUCUCAUCCUUCGUCCUCGACCGCAUGCAUUUCGGCAUCAUCGGCGCCGACAUCGCGUGGAGUCUAUCACCAACCAUGCACAACGCCGCCUUCAAGCUCCUGGGCAUGCCGCACGAAUACACCCUGAUCCAGAGGUCAUCCCUGGACGAUCUGGACGCCCUGGCGCACGAUCCGCACUUCGGCGGCGCCAGCAUCACAAUGCCAUUCAAGCAAGACAUCAUUCCAUUCCUUGACACACUGAGCCCUGAAGCGCAGGCCAUCGGCGCAGUCAACACCCUGGUUCCCGUCCGGCUGGCCGCGUCGGGCGCGACGCUCGGACGCAAUCGCGCAGGCCCGGUGCAUGCGCUGCACGGAGAAAACACGGACUGGAAAGGCAUCGUCACCUGCAUCCGCCGCAGCCUUUCGCCUAUCAACGCCGUCAAACCUCUUUCUACGGCACUGGUUCUUGGUGCUGGCGGAAUGGCACGAGCAGCCAUUUUCGCAUUGUUGCGGCUCGGGGUCCGGAACAUCUUUGUCUACAACCGCACGAGGGAGCAUGCGGAGGCCAUGGCCCGGCAUUUUCAGCGGCAGACGCUGGCCACGGAGUCAGGGAAGCAAGUGAAUGUGCAGCUCGGACAUGGCAGCGACGAGGCGAUGGCAGUUGACCCAGAGACAGCAGACAGCGUGCAUUGCUCGCUGCAUAUCCUGCCAUCGCUAGGACCGUGGCCGGAAGGUUUCCAGCCGCCGUCGAUCAUAGUGUCUUGCGUGCCCGGCGUUGCCGAAACCGGGGCGUCGACGGACCUGACUGUCCCGCCAGACUGGCUUGGGAGUCACAAUGGGGGCGUUCUUGUUGAGCUGGCGUACGACACUCUGGAAACUCCGUUGGCGAAGCAAGCACGGGAGAGAAGUAGACAGGGGUGGAUCGUGGUCGACGCGUUGCAGACGCUGCCGGAACAAGCAAUAUGGCAGUUUGAGCUAUUCACCGGAAGAAAGGCACCUCGGAAGUUGAUGCGCACGGAGGUAUUCAAGAGGUACAAAGGGACAGUCGGGUGA